GCGUGCACUUCGGUCUCGGUUGGUCGAGAGGUGGAAGAAGAAGAGGAAAAAGUGACAACUUGUGUGGAGAAGUAAAGUCAGCGCGCGGGUUAAAGCGGUUGUUCCUGCCUUGGCUGCCUUUCCCGUGACCUCGCUGCCGAUAUCAACCAGACCGUUGCUCUGUGGUUGAUAACCAAGGAGCUCCACUGCUGCUGAUAAUUGGACUUAGUGAUUACUGACACAGAAGCUCACCCUUGUGAGUGAAAGACAAACUCAAACUUUUCGUAUUGAUCAAAAAACUAUUGAUCAAAGACUUCAAUGGCGGCAUCAGAACUGAUCCAGGAAGAUGAUGAUAGUUGCAUCCAAGUGAUUUCAACGGAUCCCCCUUCACCUCCUCAAUCUACGAAGGCGGUCAGGCAUAACCCGACCCACCACACCUCUGUGGCACCCCCUCCUGAGGACAUUCUUGAUGGUGACAGCAAAGGCAAACGCCAGCGCAGAACAAUCACUGACCUCCUGAAAGAGAAUCAGCUGAUAAACUCGCUGUGCAACAAGAUACGGCAACACUGCGACUAUAACAAGAUCACCAAAGAGUCAGAUGACCCCCUCCCUAAAGAGUGGUGGAAAACGGGCGUGUCCUUUAUCUACGCUGCCGCCAUCCUUGUCUUCAACGCUGUUGUCAUCGCUGUCAUCCACGAGAGGGUGCCAGACAAGUCUGUGAGCCCACCGCUUCCUGAUAAGUUUUUCGACUACAUUGACCGAGUGCCCUGGGCCUUCAAAGCAACAGAGAUCUGUGGAUUGAGUCUGUGUGCAUUAUGGAUGAUCCAGUGGCUCGGACUCAAACACAGAGCUAUCGUGGCUCGACGGUGCUUCUUCCUGAUCGGGACUCUCUACCUGUAUCGCUGCAUCACCAUGUACGUCACCACUCUGCCGGUACCUGGAAAACAUAUGGUCUGCGCUCCAAAGCUCUACAACGACACGAUGGGGAAAAUGUGGAGGAUUCUCCGGAUGAUCUCAGGAGGAGGUCUGAAUGUGACCGGUUCCCACAUCUUGUGUGGAGAUUACCUGUACAGCGGUCACACCAUCAUGCUGACGCUGUCCUACCUCUUCAUCAAAGAGUACUGCCCCCCUAAGAUGUGGUGGUAUCGUUGGUUGUGCUUUUGUGUGAGCAUCUUCGGGCUCAUCUGCAUCCUCCUCGGCCACGAACACUACAGCAUCGACGUGGUGGUUGCAUACUUCAUCACCACCUGGACCUUCAAGUGGUACUACGCCAUGGUGGAAGCACAUGUGCACAGUCAGGAUCCCAACAAGUACCUGACUAUGACCUGGUGGAACCCAAUCUUCAAAUUCAUGGAGCGGAAUGUCAAGGCGAGUGUUCCCAUUGAGUUUGCUUUGCCGGUGUCCAUCCCUUCUACUUCAUGCAGACGGAGAUACAGUAUCGUGGAUAGGUGGGAGAAAUGAGUGAGGACAGAGGGGAAGGAGACAAGUGACCUGAUGAAAACAGCAUCUGUCCUCCCUGACUCCCGCAGAAGAUGGAUGGAGGACGUGGAACUGCAACUUCAGUUCACUUAAGUAUAGAAUCAGCAUUUUUGGUACUGAGGAAGAGGACUCAACAGGAGGAGGAGUCAGUGUGUUUACAAUAACAUCAUAGAGUCAUUAAAGUUGGUGUUGCUGGCUACGUCCUAGCUCUUUAUCAGAAACAAUGUUUUUAGUGUCUUCAGCGUCCAUGAGGUAAACCUGCCAGCUACCAGCAAGGAAAAAAAAAAAAAACCCACUAUAACUGUUUUUGUAAGCCAGCCUGAGAGUUGGACCAAAGCUAAACUGCUAAGCUGCAUUACAUUUUUCAGUCAGUGCUGUUGCUAACUGUAUUUGGAGUGUACUAAGGCAAAUGGAGCUGCACCUGAAGAUAGAAAAGAAACUAAAGCUAACCUAGUUGUGUUGCUGCUUCUGGAUGUGCGACCUUCCACCAAACACACUAAACCCUUAAGUAUUAAGAUUCAUUCUGACUGUGAUGGAUCAUUCAUUCCCAGUGCUAACUCCAGGUGGGUCCUGGACCAGGGUGGGUUGUUGUAGCCUUCUGUACAUCAUUGUUGUUGUUUGAGUUAUCAAGUCUGAAUGUUAUGUGUUGGGGCACUGAGUUCUUGUUGGGGGUUUUUUCUGUAUUUAUUUUCAUGCCAAAUCAAACUCUGGAUUCCAGCAAAGAUCCUAGUAAAGCCUUAUUAAUGAAAGUCCUGCCAAAAAGCUCCACAGUUUUAUAAAAGUGUUUCUUUACAUUUUGUUAAUGUUGACUUGAACACAGUGUUGCAAUCACACCUUUGAUUUGAUAAUAAAAGACUUACUUGGAGCACAGAGCUGUUUGCUCCUGUCUCUUUAAGCCCCGCCUCUUUAAAAGUCUGCUUCCUUUUGAUUGGCCGACCUUCGGAAGCACCCACUGCUCGUGAGCUUUGCUGCAUAAACAAACACUGUAGCGUUGCAUUAUUUUAUUUUAUUUAUUUUUUUAAAUAGCACUUUGCAUCGACACACUGACAGUAAGGUGUUGGCUUAAAAUAAGAACUAAUAUAAUGUCGCCAUAAAUAAAGCAUAAGUUACACAUUAAAAUACUGGGAAAAA